AUGGGAAAAUCACUUGCCGGAUCAAACAAUCCGCAACAACCCAUCCAAAUCGAAGACUGCAUUAGCGAGCUGCAAGCUCUACGACGACGCAAUCAAGAACUAGAGACCCGACUCGGUCUCAAUUCAGAGCAAGAUGUACCAAAAAUCACCAAAAAGCCCGGUCGCACCUUGCGGUCGGCGGCAUGGUUCGAUUGUCGCAGUGAUCCCGGCAUGACGGCCAUUUACAUGGAACGGUAUUUCAACUUCGGCAUUACGCAAGAGGAAUUGAUGUCCGGCAAGCCGAUGAUCGGAAUCGCGCAAUCUGGUUCUGAUAUCGCUCCCUGCAAUCGUCACCACAUCGAGCUGGCUAAGCGGGUCCGCGAGGGCAUUCGCACGGCUGGCGGUAUCGCCAUUGAAUUCCCCACUCAUCCUAUUCAGGAGACGUCAAGACGACCAACCGCCACGCUGGACCGAAACCUGGCUUAUCUUACUCUUGUGGAGAUUUUGACGGGUUAUUUCCUUGAUGGUGUCGUUCUCUUGACAGGAUGUGACAAGACGACCCCAGCAUGCUUGAUGGCUGCUGCCACCGUGAACAUCCCGGCAAUCUGCAUGAACGUCGGUCCUAUGCUAAAUGGCUAUGCCAAGGGCACUCUCGUAGGAUCCGGUGCUGUUCUGUGGAAAGGACGAGAGAUGUAUGCCACUGGCGAAAUUGAUGAGCAUCAGUUCAUGGAUUACAUCUCCCAAAGUACUCCUUCUGUUGGACAUUGUAAUACAAUGGGAACUGCAUCCACAAUGAAUGCUCUUGCAGAAGCCCUCGGAAUGGCCCUCCCAGGAUCCGCUGCAAUUCCUGCUGCGUAUCGCCACAGAGCUCAGUGUGCCUACGAGACUGGUAAACGGAUCGUGGAGAUGGUCAAUAUUGACUUGAAGCCCAGCGACCUGAUGACCCGCGAAGCAUUUGAGAACGCGAUCGUGGCCAACGGGGCGAUCGGCGGCAGUACUAAUGCCCCCAUCCAUCUCAACGCCAUUGCCCAGCAUAUAGGUGUUGAACUGUCUAUGGACGACUGGGAUACCAUUGGAUCACGCAUCCCUCUUCUAUUGAACAUGCAGCCAUCAGGCGAAUACCUUGGAGAAGAAUAUUUCCGAGCAGGUGGUCUACCUGCGAUCAUGGCGGAACUCCUAGACGCAGGCAAGCUACACGGAGAUGUCUUGACUUGCAACGGUCGCACAAUCGCCGAGAAUGUUCGUGGCCAGCAUUCUUGGGACCGUCGCGUCAUCCGUCCGUACGCCGACCCGUUGAUGAAGGAUGCAGGUUUCGUCCAUCUUAAGGGUACACUAUUUGACUCUGCGAUCAUGAAGACAUGUGUUAUCUCACCCGCCUUCCGCGAACGAUACCUAUCAAAUCCCGAAGAUCCUGAGGCAUUCGAGGGUUCAGUUGUCGUAUUCGACGGGCCUGAAGAUUACCACAGUAGGAUUGAGAACAUGCCGGAGAUCGACGACAAUACAGUCUUGAUCAUGCGUGGUGUCGGUCCACUUGGAUACCCCGGCGCGGCGGAGGUCGUCAACAUGCACCCACCAGCCCGACUACUCAAGCAAGGAGUCGAUGCGCUGUUCUGCAUUGGUGACGGACGCCAAUCGGGCACAUCAGGAUCCCCCUCCAUUCUCAAUGCUAGCCCCGAAGCUGCUGCAGGAGGUAAUCUUGCCAUUCUCAGAAAUGGCGACAAGCUUCGCAUCGACCUGCCGAAACGACGAGUCGAUAUCCUCAUCAGCGACGAGGAGAUUCAACAGCGGAGAAAGGAGGUGUUCUCGAAGGAGUAUCCAUUGGUUCCUAGCGGCACACCCUGGCAAGAGAUUUUCCGCCAGGAAACUGAUCAAUUGUCCAGUGGCAUGGUUCUGAAGAAGGCUGUAAAAUACCAGCGCCUGGCACAAACGAAUGGUCCGCCCCGACACAACCAUUAA